CAUCAAUCCGAAACCAAGUGAAAGGGAGUGAAGGUGGUACUUUGAGAAGAGAAGCCGAUCGAAGCCACUCUGAGACUUUGUGGCGUUGUCAGGCUUCACUCUGAGAUUGAUCAGACCCAAUUGUCCAAAGAUCAUCAGUCCCCACUCUCCCUCUGUUUUUAGGACCCACCACCUCACCCUCCUCUCCACAACAUUCAUUCAUUCACUCACUCACUCACACACACCUCCAUCUCCUAAUUUCCUCCAUUGUCUUCCUCACACUCACACAAAGUACUCUUCCUCUACCCACUGCACUCCACUCCUCACCCUUCAUUCACCUCCAUACCUAACACACAUAUUCACACUCACUCUCUCUCUCUACAUAAAACCUAAACACACCCUCUAUUCCUUCUAAUGGACAAGACCACUGAAAGAGAAACCCAUGACUUCAUGAACGUUGAGUCAUUCUCUCAGCUCCCCUUCAUCCGCCCGGCACCCGCCACCGCCGCCAAGGAAAAGGGCAUUCGCCUCUUCGGCAUUGAAUUCGGCUCUUCCGAGUCUGACUCACCUGAAACAACCACCACCACCAACAACAACACACUGUUCGAGCUUGACAACAACAACAAGGAGGAUAACAACACAAACAACAGCAGCACUGACAACAACAACAACGGAGAGAGCAGCCGCCGGUUCGAAUGCCACUACUGCUGCAGAAACUUCCCCACUUCUCAAGCCUUAGGCGGCCACCAGAACGCUCACAAACGAGAGCGGCAGCACGCGAAGCGCGCACACCUUCAGUCCGCCAUGGUCCACGGCGGCACCUUCUCCUCUGACCCUCACCUCUACCCUCUCAUCAACUACAGGUUCAACUCAGCUCCAACUAUGCCUUCUUAUCCAACAUGGAACACCACCACGACCUCCUCAAAUGCCAUCACCACCCCCAGUAGUGGAAGGUUUUAUGGAAGCUCUUAUAAUUCUCAUUCUCAACCCAUUAAUGGAAGCCCCUUGGCGUUUUGGCGGAUCCCAAACAGCACAAUUCAGAGUAGUAGUACUAAUAGUACUAACCCUAACACUUCUUUCCACCACGACCGCUCCUUGUUGCAGCACCACCACCAUCACCAUCACUUGCCCUUGCUUGCUGGCGAUGAAAUAAACACUGCAAGGGCGGUUGGACCCUCCGGUUCGCAAAACCCGUUCGCUUAUGACUCCAAACGCGGUGUCCACGAUCACGUCAGCCUGGAUCUUCACCUCUAAAUAACAGCGGCAAAGGUUUUAAAUUGCGGACCGCAGCAACAUCAUCUGCUAAGUGGUCAUCUUAGCAUUAUUUAUAGUAUGUUUGGUUCAGCUUGGCAUCUACUCAAAGUCAAUUAUUCAUAUUAGAAGGUACUAAGAGUAGCUUCUCCUUCAGAGCUUCCAGAAUCAAUUCUGAUCCAACCUGAAAAUAAGUUGGGAUUCCGAAUUUCUUCAACAGUUGGUUGGAUCAGCUGAAGAUUCAUGAGGUAAUUACGAGAAAGACUGUAAUUUAGAACCUUGAUGUUAAUUAAUUCAUUUACAUAAUUUCAGCCAAAAACUCUAGUUUGUGGUUGAAGGCGGCUGGGGACAAGAUAGAUAUAUAAAAUAUGAGAAAUUUAAUUUCUUCA